CCCAACCAAACUAGCAUAGUGACCAAAACAUUAACCAUAGAGAUUUUCUUAUAAAAAGUUAAUUCGAUAGGAGUAGUACUACUAUUAAUGUUACUACGUAUUUUAUACCAAGCUCAUCUUGGAUUAAUACUUCAACAUGUCCACUAAUGUAAACCGUGCUAGAUAACUUGAUAUGCGGGGAUAAAGAGGCCGAUUGAAUUGGGAAUUGAAACGUAAAUGGGGGGUGCCAGGAGAUAGACAAACAGUUAGGUUUAAACUCCGAUUGGUCGACCGUUUGUUUAGGUCAUCUUGAUAAUAUUAGGAGUAACUCAUCAUUUGAUAUACGAUUUGAUAUAGAAAAAACAGCCUCAAUAUUACUAAUCACCCUUCAUCGCAGCCCUCCUUCAUUUCUCCUCGCAGCUCUCAUAUCCAACCUUUUGUAUUCCUCCAUCGCAUAUCCGAUCUCCUUCAUUUCUCCUCGCAGCUCUCAUCUCCAACCUUGCGCAGCCCUCCUCCAUUUCUCCUUCUACGCGUCUGAGCCUCUCAGAUAGGCCUGCACCUCUCUUCACAUCUUCACCGCCGCUUGGAAUGUAGAAUCCAGCGACGCAGACAAUCUGGCUGCCUGCGUCAUUAAUCUCCAUCGUUGGGAAGGGAGAUCCUUCUGGCGACGACGUUGCCUCGCCGUUCUCCUUCGCGCGACGUUGCCUUGUCGUCGUCCUUCAUCGGCGAGGUUUGCGAUGCUCUCACAGCGGACCACCGGCGCAGAGGAGUUGCGACCAGCGACGAGAAGCUCGGAGCAAGGCGGACAUCCAUCGCUCACCUCCUAUGUCUUCUUCUUCUCCUUUAUUCUGUUCAGAAUCCACAUAUCUGAGGUGUUUGGGUCCGGUUUGGGUUAGAUCUGGGGUGGGGGAGCUGGCGGGCAAGUUUGGGACUGGGUAGGUGGCAGGGGGAUCAGAGGGGGUUUGGGAUCUGGUUGUUUGGGUCCAGUUAGGCUACAUCUGGGGUGGGGGAGCUGGCGGUCGGGCUGGGGUGGUGGCAGCCUGACAGGGGGAUCAGAGGAGGUUGGGGAGGUGGCUGGGCAGGUGGUCGGGUCUGGGGCGGUGGUCAGUGACGACGCUAGGGCGGGGUAGGUUGGGGACGGGGCUCUGUGGUCUGUGAAGAGCAGGGGAGGAAUAGGGGGGAUGGAGUUGGGGACACCGGAGAUAGCGGGUCAAUGGCCAGAGACGCGUUGUGUCACUGGCCGGAGAUGCGACGUGUCACUGUUCGAAAACGUGGCGUGUCACUGUGGCCGGUGGGCGGGCAACCACUAUUGUCCGGUGUGGUGCGCGGUGGGCGGACAGUUACUCUGACUGGCGGGCAUUGAAAGAGUAGUCAAUGUGGCCGGUGGACAGUCACUCCGGGCGGUGAGGCAGUCACUGUGGCGACAGAGUCACUGGGGUGGCGGGCAGUCACUAUGACUGGUGUGCGGGUGGCCGGAGUGACUAACCGGUUGGGCAGUCACUGUGACCGGUGGGGCAGUCACUUUGGUCGCGACGGCAGUGGCGGUGGUGCCGGCGGCGGCGGCGGUCAGCGGUCAUAGGACUACUAAUUAAAUAUAUAAAAUAAAUAUUAAAAUGAUUAAAUACAAAGAAUACAAAGAAUAUGACUUUUAGUCACAUUUUUGGAAAAAUUUAAAACAAGUCACAAAUCGGUCUUUUUCAUUCAUUUUAGUAAUAUUAGAAUAAAAGGCCUUUGAUAUACACCUAACUUGUGUAUUCAACAUUUUGAUGUAUAGGGGUAUUGGGUGAUGGGUUUUGGGCACGGGACAUGACGUUCGAAAACACGGCCGGGCCACACAAACACCAAGCGGUGGCAUUGGCGGUCGCCUCAGAUCACGCUCUCUUCUAUAGAUGCAGCAUGAAGGGCUACCAAGACACUCUCAUGGUCCAUUCCUUGAGACAAUUUUAUCGCGAUUGCCACAUCUACGGCACGAUUGACUUCAUAUUUGGGGAUGCUUCGGCCGUGCUUCAAAACUGUGACAUUUUCGUCACACGGCCCAUGGAUCAUCAAUCCAACUUGAUAACGGCCCAGGGUAGGGAUGACCUGAAUGAGAACACGGGGAUAUCUAUCAUGAACUCGAGGGUGAGGCCAACGGCGGAGUUGGACGGUGUGAAAGGCAGGGUAAAGAGUUACUUGGGGAGGCCUGGGAAGAAGUAUUCAAGGACAGUGUUCAUAAAGAGUGACCUUGAUGGGAUUAUUGAUCCAAAGGGCUGGAUGGAGUGGAAUGGGAAUUAUGCACUCUCAACAUUGUAUUAUGGUGAGUACAUGAAUACAGGGGCUGGGGCGUCCACGGAUAAAAGGGUUAAUUGGGCGGGCUUUCAUGUGAUCAAGGCGGCCCAAGAAGCAAGCCCAUUUUAUGUGAAGAAUUUUAUCCAAGGGGAUUCUUGGAUCCCAGAAAGUGGAGUGCCGUUUGGUUCCGAAAUAUGAAGACCUGGGGAGAAAGUAUAUAUUUAGCUAGUUUUCUUACCCUUCUAAGAUCGAUAUACCUUCCCGGUGACAUAUAACACUAUCUUGAUGCUUUGUACAUCAUCAUCAUAUUGGUAUAUUCCGCACAUUAGCUAAUCUAAUAAUCUAAUAAUAAUAAUUUGUACAUUGUAUAAUACUCCGUAUGACAUUCUGAUACUCCAGUUACCAGGUAGAUCUUUUGACCUUUUAGUAUAAAAUUUCAUGUGUUAUCAUAAAUUCAUAAUCGUGGUGUUUGGCAAUUGAUCGUCAGCUGUUGUGC